UAAACAUCCUGUUUUACAUUUAGGAAGACGUCGUCACCCUUGCAGAAUCAAAUGUUACCACAGUGUACAUGUCUAUGUGAGCAUUUUAAAUGGGAACCAAAGAUGUAGAGUCGGAAAACACCCUCAAUCAAGUUUUACUUAAACUUCAAGAACUCCAAGUCCAAGUAAGCGAUCUCCAAAGUGAAAUUCGGCUUCAUACAAUAUCUACAAACAAGUUCUCGCGACAUCCUGAUCUUUCGAACACGGUGUCCUCCUGUAGCAGUGGAGGAUCGUGGACGUCUAUUCUAUCAGAUCUUCUACCAUCACUUGACAUUGAUGUUCAUAAAGACGUAUUAAAAGAGGAACAUAAAGCUCUAAUGGACAUUGAUUUACGCACUACGAAUGUCUUGGACUAUUUAGUUGAAACUAAAGUUUUUCUGUCCAGCGAAGCUGAGGCAAUACGCGACACGAGCUCCAGCGCGGGGGAGGAUAAUCGAAGUAGCCAAUCGCGUGCUCUCUUGUUUAGGUUACAAAAUCGCGAUGUACAAAGUUUCAGGCAUUUUAUCAAUUCUCUUGAAGAAGCAUAUCCACUUCUUGCAAAACGUUUACGUGAUGCUUACAGUGUUAAAGUACAGGAAGGUUAUAUCGACGAUGUCAAAUUGAAAUGUGUUGUGUGCAGAAUAAAAAUUAAUGUGAAAGUGUAUGAAAUCAUAGACACUUUCUACCAGAAAAAGCUAAUAGAAGCAACAAUUGCUGAAAGUAUUCUGAGCUGUGAAGAUUGUACGAAACAAUGGGUGAAAUUUUGUGAUGCUUUGAGGACCAACCCUUCAUUAUAUGAAUGUAUGGUGGAAUCACUCAAACAAGGCCACCUUAGCCUUUCAGAAGAAUUAGAGAAGGUUUACUGGAGGUCGUUUACAUGUUACUGUAGACAUUUGAAAGCUAAAUUUAGACAAAAACAUACAAAUUACAACCAGUGCGAUGGGGAGCAAAACAAUGGUUCGUCACAAGAAUCAACUUCUUCAGAAGAACUAGGGACGUGUUGUGGGACAUUAAAGCAGGGUCAACGUUCAGAUUAUGUUAAAGUAGUUGAGGUAAACAGGAACAGUGACGUAAAAGAUAAGCGUGGGGCAAAGCCGGGGAAACCCCUGAAAGACACCAGUAGACAGGACAACCGAAGAAAAGCCUUCAGACAAAUCUCCAAAGAAGAAUAUGACAAUGUAACACUGAAUAAAUAGUGCGUUAUUCUCAUGGUGAUAUUUGAGUGCAUUUUCUAUGCUUUAAUAAAGCGGUACUCUUUAUCCAAUCAUUUUAAUUCCCUUUCAAUAGGAAGAAUGCAGGUUUUCCCUCCCUCUUUUAUUUAUGUACCAAAUUCAAUAAAAUAAUGAUUAUAAUGGGAGAACAUUUUCUUUGGUUAUCUAAUUCACAGGUAUUUUGAAAUCAUGCAAUUGAUAAAUAUUUAUGAAGUUUUGAAAAUCCCUCUUUUAAAAUGAGUCAAGCGUUUCUCUUUUAUUAAUCAGAUAUGCU